GUGAGAAGGGUUACACCGAAGUGAUGACCACGCACGGCUUCUUGGACUACUGCACCAGAACCCCGGGGGCGGACAACAACAAGAAAGCUGAUGUGAAAACCAACUCUGGAAGAUUAAAACCCGGGCCGUCUCAGGCCCAGGACCUCUUCAGCGAGUGGACCUUACGACCUGUUGGCCCAGAUGGAAGAGUAAAGCUGUGGGUUUACGCCGUGACUGCCGUUGGAUUCAUCUUAAUACUCUUCAUUAUUGCGUUAUCAUUCCUGGUCUGUAAUCCAUCCAAAACCACUAAGACGUCUCCCCCACCGCAGAAGCCCUUGACCCUAGCCUAUGAUGGUGACAUGGAUAUGUAACCAGGCUGCUAUACCUCACAAGGAUGCGCUCGGCCUGAUAAAGACUCCUGACUCCGUUCUGAUUGUUAGCAAGCACGCCCAUCACAUACCACUGAUCGUUGGUCAGUUUGAACUGGGUGGCUAUUUGCUGUAGUGCCAAUUGUAUUGUAUGCAGCGGACAAGCAGCGAUGCUCGCACGUGGCAUGCUGCUGAAGGGCAAUGUAGCCCUGAAAUUUUGGCUGCAGCAGACGUUCCUCACUAAAGAAGAGGAACCAAAGCCGAACAUUGUGAAAAUGAGACAAAAGGUCUAUAGACGUAGGAAAUGAAUCGACCUCUAGUUUCUCUUUUUAACUGCUUGCAAUGUGAACAACACAGUUGAAGCACUGUUUGCCACCCACAAAUCACAAGGACUCCGAAAAGUGUUUUUUGUGUGUGUGAGAAUCAGAGGAACCACUUGGCUAUUUGUCUCGUAUUUAUGUAAUGAGGGAGACAAAACAUCUUGAGUCAGCAGUCGCUCAUGACAUUCAAAGGCAGAACAACGGAACAUUUGACAUUUGACUUUGUCUCAUCAGUGCUGGAUCUUUGGGAAAGGAAAUGUCACACGCCUUUUGGGUAAACAAACAGCCUUUUUUUGAAUUUCUGAGAAUAAACAAGAUGCUCUAUGCACUACGUUAGUGCUGAUUCACUUUGUUUUUUUUCCUUUCAAAUGACUUUUCUAGUGAUUUAAUUGUAAUGCAAGUUGUUGCUGUCAGAUUGUGUUAUGUUGAUAAUGCCAUAUGUUGUGUAUAUGUGGAAACCAAAAGCAGGCUUGCCUUGAUUUUAACAAUACAGUGAUGCAGUAAUUUCUCCUCCAUGAUGCUCAUUAGACUCUCGGCCACUGAGGACUAAAUUAAGAAACAACCUCAAAAUCGUGGAAUUUGUACUGAAACAUGGCAGACUGCUUUGGUGACAAAUGCAGUCCAGGAUUAACAGAAGACAACAUAAACGCAAUGCAAAUUAUCAAAUACCAGCAUGAUAAAGAUCAUACCUCAUAUACACGUUUCAUCAAAUGCAAAACAAAUAAAGCACCAAAACAAUACAAGAAUAGAAGUGAAGAAUUAUCCACUGGAUCACACAUUGUAUUUUUUAGCAAAAACACCUUUCACGAGGAUGUCAUACUUUGUUUUCCUUUUACACCAUUUAUUUCAUACCAUUACAUCAAUAUACAAGGUCAGCUAACAUAGAACAAGGUGAAUAACUAGUUUUUGACAGUAUUGUGUUCCUUUUUGCACCACGAAGACAGCAAAUACCA